UUCCUUCAGCUUGUCCCUUCUUAAAUCGAAACUGCAGACCCGUGCAUAGUGCAGACUACUACUCCGUACUAAACUCUAAACACGAACAAGCAAGAAGAUGGAAAAUGGUCCAAAGCAAUGGCGUUUCCAAGGGAACAAAGAGCUGAACGCGGCAACAGCAAUCAGUCUGCGAGGAGUUCUUGAACUGUUAAAUGGAAAUCUCAGCAUGGAUGAUCCAAGACCCAGCAUUCCCCUCGGCAACGGCGAUCCCUCACAAUUUGGAUGCUUUAGGACUUCCACAAUAGCUGAAGAUGCCAUAGUUGAUGCCCUCCAUUCAGCCAAGUAUAAUGGUUAUGCACCUACUGUUGGACUUCUAUCUGCCAGAAGGGCCAUUGCAGAUUAUCUUAAUCGUGACCUUCCCUACAAGUUAUCUGCGGAUGAUAUUUAUCUUACAAGUGGAUGCCUACAAGCAAUCGAAGUUGCAUUAGCAGCCAUUAGCCGCCCUGGUGCCAACAUUUUGCUCCCAAGACCAGGCUUUACAUUCUAUGAUUCUCGUGCUGCAUAUGGCCAUCUUCAAGUCCGUCACUUUAAUCUUCUUCCUGAUAAGGGUUGGGAAGUUGAUCUUGAUGCCGUUGAAGCUCUAGCAGAUGACAACACUGUUGCCAUGGUUAUUAUAAACCCUGGUAAUCCUUGUGGAAGUGUCUACAGCUAUGACCAUUUGAAAAAGGUUGCAGAGACCGCAAGAAAGCUUGGAAUUUUGGUUAUUGCUGAUGAAGUUUAUGGUCAUCUUGCAUUUGGAAGCACUCCCUUUGUGCCAAUGGGAGUAUUUGGAUCAAUUGUGCCAGUCCUUACUCUUGGGUCUAUAUCAAAGAGAUGGAUCGUUCCUGGUUGGCGACUUGGUUGGCUUGUAACUAGUGAUCCUAAUGGCAUCUUUCAGAAGUCUGGGAUUGUGGAGUCAAUUACAGGCUAUCUCAAUAUCUCUACUGAUCCUGCAACCUUCAUUCAGGGAGCAGUUCCCCAAAUCCUGGAGAAUACAAAGGAUGAUUUCUUUUCGAAAAUGAUUGUUACGCUAAGAGAGGCUGCAGACAAAUGCUAUGAUGGAAUUAAGGAGGUACCUUGCCUAACUUGCCCAAAGAAACCAGAAGGGUCCAUGUUUGUAAUGGUGAAGCUGAAUCUUUCACUGUUGGAAGACAUUAAUGAUGACAUGGAUUUCUGCAUGAAGCUGGCUAAAGAGGAGUCAGUCAUUAUUGUCCCAGCUGGGAUGGCAUUUGGAAUGAAGAAUUGGCUUCGCAUAACUUUUGCUUGUGAAAUCUCAACUCUUGAAGAAGGCCUUAGAAGGAUAAAAGCCUUUUACCAGAAGCAUGCUAAGAAACAAUAAGAUUUAUUUGCAGAAUGUAGAUUGAAACAACAUCCUGUUGUUUCUCAUGCUUCAUUCAGAUCAUUCCACUUCCUUGAAUAUUGGUACUAAAUAAUCUGUUUCAGAAAUGUUAGUGUGACAUUAUCCCAUGCUUGUGUUAAUUAUGCUUCUUGCUCUCUUAUAUUAUAAGCAGAGGCCAUGUUUCCGAUGGGAUAUUCAACUUGAAAUUGUGUAGGUUUGUGAUAGUGUCUAGUUUAAAAUUUAAUUUAAAUAAACUAACACAUACAAUUAUGCAAACACAUGGCUAAAUAAUAUCCUUUGCAUAAUAAUAAAGGAAUCAAUGAGAUUACCUCCUUUCCAGAAUUUGUUGUCGACUGCAUAAUAUACAAACAAAAAGAAC